AUGUCAGAAAAAAGACCUACCAAGCGAUGUGUUGUUUUGGUGGAUGGCUGUGAAGCGCGCGACGCAAAGAAGGAAACGAAUCCUUCCACAAUCACAAGGAUCAAAGAAUUGACGCAUGAUGGACUGAUCGAGUCCAACGGGUAUACCAUCGCUCAGACACCUAAAUAUUAUGUCGCUCCAAGUAAUAUCACAAAGUUGAGUGAUCGCUUCAGGUCGAGGACAACAACCGACGAGUCAGAUGUUUUGAUCAAGAACAUUGUGAGGGACAUCUGCCUCAUGUUGGAAGGACCUCAAGAUGAACUAUGGCUGUAUGGAUCAGGACAUGGCGCCUUCGUCGCACGCGCUGUCGCCGGUAUUGUACAUCGACUGGGUUUACCAAAGCCCGAAGAUUUUGACGACCUCUUUGAAGCGACUAUCUCCCUUAUCAAAGCCCAGGCUGAUGACGACUUCAAAAAGGGCCCCCAACUUCUCCAAAAGAUCAAGAGCGGAGCUGGUGCACCUCCACGAAUACCGUUUGUUGGUUUGUUUGAUACCACUGGCUACAGCUCAAAAACGGCAUACGAUAUCUCAUUCAAUUCGUCGAUUGAAGUUGUUCGACACGCACUGGCAAUCAACGAGAACCGCUCCAGCAAGACACCCGAGAUUUUUACAAUUCCGGAAGAUGCGGAUAUGACACAUCGGUCGCUUAUCCAGGCCUGGUUCUUUGGAACCCACCAAGACAUGCUGGGCGGUACAGCUCACGAUGGCUUGUCUCUGUACCCAUUGCAGUGGAUGGUUCUCGAGAGCAUUUACUCAGGGCUCAGACUCAAUACAACGGGAAAUUCCAACAAUAGCAAUAGUCAUAACCCCAUAUUGUUAGUAUUCCCCCAGUAUGCUGGGAGUUUGCCAUCGCUGGAUGGAUCAGAAGAGAUUGAGUGGCGUCUCCAGUAUACGAACGGACUUCGAACUAGCAUGUUUGAUCUUCAGACCGCUCAUGGAAGAAAGUCAGCUGCGGGAGUUGAGAUGCACUCUAUCAAACCUGAUACAGACUGUUUCAAACGGCCUGCGAACCGAAAGAUCUUUGAGGCUGAUGGUACUUUGAAAGGAUGGUGUGACGUUGGUAAGGAGCAACGACUACCUUGA